UUGCCUCGGUGACGUGUAUCUAGCCAAAGUGCCGGGAACCUAAGCUAUUUUUAACUUGUCAAAUUCCUGCUCUUUUUCUUUUGUGGUGCUGUUCAACAUAUUGAAGUUUAAGAAAUGGAAGUUCUUCAACUCGUAUCAUUACAAAUGAUCGACAUUUGAAUUUGAAAUAUUCAAUAUGACUUCUGGAGAGAAAAAGCAGCCAUUGUUUGAAGAAGCCGGCAAACAAUUCCUCCCAUAACUUCAAAGAAAGUCUCCUAAGAAAUGCUGAUAAGAGGAAAUAGUCUUACUGUGAGAAUAAUUUCAUUGCAACGCCUCGAAGAGUUUUCCAGUACUGAGCUACGAUGAUUCUUCUACUUUCUUACACUUUUAAUACCCAGACAAUCAUUGCAGACAAAAUUGAAGAAAGCAGUUCGCUACGCAGAACACCUCUUUAAACUGAUUGAGAUUAAACAGUGAACACUGAAGUUUCUGAAAUGACUGUGGAUUACUUUGUACCAUUUCUCAUAAACUGAAAUUCUGCAACAUUUAGAGCUGUGUCGAGAGUGGCGGUGGAACUAUGGAUGGCACUGACUGAUUCAUCGGAAAUAUACUGAGUGACUCACUAGCAUGAUGUCAUACCUCUCGCGAGUUUAGAAGAUUUACAACGACCAACUAAGUGGAGAUUGCGUGAGGAUAGUGAACUCAAAAGAGACCAAUUCCAUAUUUCUUCUAUCGGCUAACACAUUGAACAUAGGAAAAAACAUCCUCAUACGGAGAUGCAAUCUGGAGACCUAACUUUACGAAGAUCUGAUCGGAAAAACAACGUUUGAACAAGCUUCAAUUUUUAAAACAUCAACUCUCAAUACAAUAACUGAUGAUUCUUUGUACAUUCUGCAAACUGGCAGUUGGAAGACUAUGAAUUACCUCAUCCUUCAAAUUGAUUAAAAGGAUUGAAUGAAGAAAGGAUUGCUGAAUCCACAUGCACCACCAAUCACUAAUACCUAGAAUGAUGUGCCCAAGAAAAUAUAUCUAUUGGAAGACGUUUGUGAAGAAGUCUCAAUAGCGCUGAGGAGAUGCGGUAAAAUUUUUAGAAAAAUCAACGCAAAUGUAGCAAGUGUUUCUGCUUCAUCAUGCACAGAUUCACUAUUUAUACUGUCCGAUUUUUCAAGCGAAGUGUUCGACUCAAUAUGCGCAUCAAACAAUUGGAUUCUCGGACCAACAGCUGUACUUGAACAAGUUUCCAACAAUGGAGCCAUAUCUCCUAGGAAAAAUCCUGUCUAUUGUUUGUCCAUGGAUGGUUUCAACUGCUUUAUAUCCAUCAAAGAAAAAGAGCAAGUGAAACACCUGAUGAAAUUGAUUCGGUCCAUGGGAGGCAGUGUUCGUGCUAAAUUGAGUGAAGCAAUGUAUUUCAUCGCUGAAACCACUUUGGCUUCUGGUUACUUGUAUUGUAAUACAUUCAACAUCCCAACAUUGUCACCACAAUGGGUAGAAUACAUGUGGAACAACAGACAUACUCCUGCAUUCAAAUGCGAUACUAUAACAUUUAAAUUCUUCAAGAUGAAACCAUUCAGAGGACUUUAUGUAGCCUUUCUCCAUUUUCCACCUGAUGAACGUAGCCAUAUAGAACUCUUGGAGCAAAAUCAGGGAGUUCUAGUUGAAUCGCAAAAUCCUUUGUGCACGCAUGUGGUAAUCGACGAUUUUAGUUUAUCAGAACAGUUUUCAGACUUUGGAGAGAAGAGGACACAGGUGAAAUUAGUUCAUGCCGAAUGGUUUUGGACGUGCAUCCAAUAUGAGGCCAGAGUCAGCGAAGGUGAUUUCCUAUUCUCCACAGAAAGUGAUGAAAACGCAACGGCGCAACAAACGCCUCGUCUAUUCAAAAGCAAAAAUAGUUUGAAUUGGUGUGAGCUGAUGAUUGAUCCCAGUUUACGAUUCUCUCUGGAUAGCUCACAACUCUUAGAUGAGUUUCGAAGUGGGCAAGGUGAUUGUUGCAGCAAUUCAAAAUGCCAAAGUUCACAUGAUUUUAUCCUUGAAGAACUUUCUUUGACUGAGAAAAACUAUCUGGAUGUAUUGGAGGCUAUAAAAUUGAUAAAGGAAAAAGCAGAAAACGAGAUACAAAUUGGAGGGCCCAUGAUCAAUGGGACACAAAGUAAACAAAUUUUUCUCAAUACCCAGGAGUUGCUUACAUUACAUAAGAACAUGCUUGAAGAUAUAGAAAAGGCUUGUCGUGAAAAUAAAGGCAAGAAAGCUUUCAGCGCUUUUUCUAAAUAUAGUGAUGAGUUGAAAACACAAUAUCCAAAGUUCUGCAAUGGUUUUGAAGAAGCAAGGAAAACCAUAAGAAACUUGUCUGUUUCAAAUCCUCGUUUCAGAGCUCUUUUGGAAAUAAGCAAGAAUAAACCUGAAAGUGGGAGGCAAACACUUCAAGAAUUGAUGCAUAGGCCACUACAACGUUUAGGCAGUGUCACACUUCUCAUAAAAGAGGUGCUUGGUAGAACCGACCAAGACUGUCAACACAGAAAUGCUCUCGAAGAAGGUCUGCAGUCCGUAGAAGCUGCUUUACGCUUGAUGAAUGAAGAACUGAUUGAAACAGAGAAAUUAACCUCAGUAUUCCGUGUCUAUACUAGCAUAAAAAACUGUCCGGUUACCCUUGUAUCAUCGCACCGUUGUCUAAGAGUAACAUUUUUUAGUCAAGAGAUUACUGGCAACAUCUCAAUGCCAGGUGAUUAUUUGGCGUUCCACCUUUUUUCAGAUGUUUUGGAGAUCAGUCGUCUCAAAAAGAAGAUAGCUAUUGCAACGCUUAAAAACAAAAGAAAAGAGGAAAAUACUGCCAAAACAGAAGAUGAAGUACUAUACAAGCAUCUACAAAUCUUGCCAUUGCAUAAAAUAAGAAAAGUUGUUGAUGUAAUUGAUAAUAAUGAUGUAAAAGACACGUAUGGACUGGUGAUUCGAGAAACUGUGGUGAAGGACUCAGUAUGGUGUUUUCGUUACAUGAGUGAUUCUGAAAACAAACUCUCCAAAACAGAUCUAGUUAUAUUUAUAGCGAAAUGCCUGGCCAGAUACGAAUGCUCGGGUGAUUUUGACAAGUAUUGGGUGGCGUUAAAGCCCCAUGAAGUGGACGAUCGCCUGAAAACGUCGUUGGUGCCUCUUCAGUCACGUGUUAAAAAAUUACUGAACUCGGUCACUGAUCACUUAUCACCGUCCUCUUCCAAAAUAGCUAAAUUAAGCACCAUAGACUCACCCAAAUAGUUUGUAAAAGCUUCUCAUUAAAUUAUUCAUAUGAAUAAUUUUGUUUUACAGUGAUGAGUAGAAGUUUCAAUAAUGGAAAACUAACAGAUAUGUCUGCUCUAAUCCUCGUUAUUAUUCGAGUCUAUUUCAAAUUAACUUAUUUUUUAUAUUUGACAACUUUGAACGUUACCUACAAAAUGUGUCAAGUUAUUUUAAUAAAUUGUAUGAAUCCAAUUUUUCUGCUAGGAAAUAAAACUAGAUACCGUAGCUGAAUUUAUCAUUGAGUUUAUAUUCAAAUUGUUUGUUAGAUUAUUAAUAUUAUAGGUCUGAUUUUAUAUUACGAUAAUGUCUGUUUUUAUGAAAUAAGAAUUAUUUUUGAUAAACAAGUUG